AUGGUAGAAGUGGAACCUCGCACGGUGAGCGCGGUGGAAGGAGGCCAGGCGCAGCUCAGCUGCGACCUCGGGGCUCCGGCGUCCGACGACUUCGCGGUGCGUAUCCGCUGGCUCAAGGAGCACGCCGAACCGGGCGGCGAGGGUGACCCUGGCGGCGGCACGGUGCCCGUGUACAGCGUAGACGUCAACUCUCGCACGGGCAGCCUGUCGCAGAUCCGCCAGCGCACACACUUGGGCAGCCUCCGCGGCAGGGCCUACUUCUCGGUCAUCCAGACGCCGGCAGUGCUCAACGUUGACCGGCUGAGGAGCAGCGACAACGGGACCUACGUGUGCUCGGUCGAUUUCAAGAUGGGCUGGACGCGCACGGCAGUGGUUCAUCUAGUCGUCGUCGUACCUCCGAAACGACCGCUUAUCACGGACGAAAACGGCACUGAGAUUCGAAACCUUACCCGUCCAUACGAAGAAGGCGAAGACUUGACUCUUGUGUGCGACGUUUAUGGUGGGCAGCCGGAGCCCGUGGUGACGUGGUGGCGCGGGUCCCAGCUACUGCAGCAGGCACUGAGCAGAGCUCCCGACGGUCACCCCAGGGCUACCCUUCUGCGGCUGCGGCUAACGCGUGCUGACUACCGGGCAAAGCUCACAUGUCGGGCGGCCAACAGCAACGUCUCGGAACCGUCCACGGCCAGCGUCAUUGUCAACAUGCACCUGCAGCCGAUUGCUGUUGAGAUCAAAGGCAACAGAGGGCCCCUUUCGGCAGAGAUGUCAACGCAGGUUAUCUGCCAAGUUGAAGGAUCUCGACCGCCGGCCUCGGUGCGCUGGAUGCUGGGAUCCAGGGAGCUCAGCGACUACGCCACGCGGGCGACUUCUAGUGAGACCACACUGAGCGUGCUCAGCUUCGUCCCGAGUGCCUGGCACCACGGCGAGCGCCUUCGGUGCUUGGCGUCCAACACGUUUUGCACCAGACAGCCGGAGACGCCCAUGGAAGACUCCUGGACACUGGACAUACACUAUGCUCCCAUCAUAGAGCUCCGGCUUGGGGAUCGGGCUGAACGCUGCGCAUCUGCACGAAGGCAUGGACGUGUACUUCGAGUGUCACGUGCGCGCCAACCCUCCAGUCGGCGAGGUCUCGUGGACUUUCAACGACAGGGACUUAGCACACAAACGCCGGGAGAGGCAUCAUUGUGAGCAACCAGUCACUGGCACUGCGAUCUGUUAACCGCACGAACAGCGGCUCUUACGCAUGUCAUGCGGCAAACUCCGAGGGCGAAGCGAGCAGCGUGAGCCAUGGAUUGCGAAUACAAUACGCUCCCGUGUGCCGCACGUCUCAACAGCGACGCACCUACUCAAUCGGCAAGCACGACACUGUGCACGUUACCUGUGACAUGGAAGCAGAUCCAGUUCCGGUGACGUUCUCGUGGGGCUACCGCCAGGGCAAUCGCGACUAUCCACUCGGGCCGGACGCCUCGUUCAGCUCGCCUCCUGGCCACCCACUUCGUUCCGUGCUACGAUACACACCAC